AAACUGAAGCUGCAAACAGUCCAACGCGCUUUCCGAGAUUUCCGAGAUGGACCCUACAAAUCACCUCUACGCGGCGUGCGCCUCAAACGAGUUGCCCACCGACGCCGCCUGCCUCCGCGCCUUCUUCUUCGACCGGUGCACCGACUGGCAGUCGCUGCUCGGCCUUUACAAAGGCAUUCCAAUUAUAGAACGCCAAACCUUUAAGGACCAUCGCGAAAGCAUCCGCCGCGCGGCGGCAGCGGGCGGCGUCGAGGUUCUGCGCUGCAUUGCCAGGAUUUAUGAGGGCCCCACAACAACGUCGUCAGGCUACUGGCGCUGGUUCCAGGCCCACCGGCGGCAGUUGGAGGCCCUGGCCACGCCGUCGCAAUGCCCGUCUGCUGGCAGCGUGGUGCGGCUCGACGGCCUCGGCGCUGCCCUGGAGCUCAAUGGCGCCAUCGGGCGAGUGACGGGACCCGCCGAGGAGGAUGGGAGGCUGCCCGUGCGGCUGCGCAGCCCCGCCGAGGCUGUGGCCAGCCGGCCAGCCGGCGUGCGCGUCCGGCCUGCCAACCUUACCGAACUGCCCGCAGGAGCUGCCGCUGCCGUACAGUUGUUCGGCACACGCAUGUAUCCCGCCUGCACCACCGCUUUCGGCUGUCGGGCCGAUGAGGAUGAGGCAGGCGGCCGCGGCGGCGGUGGUGGCAGCAGCAGCAGUGGGAGCGGCGGUGGCCUGCUGCCGGCGGGCUGGCAGCGCUGUGAGGUGCCGGCACUGCUGGGGCUGCCGCUGGCACUGCUCCAGCUGGCUCCAGAGGCGUCUUCUUGCUCCCCUCCGGGCCACAACGAGAGUAUGGCCGUUCUCCUGCUGAUCGACACGGUGUCAGGCUUUGCGCCUGCAAAGGUGCAGCUGCAGGGCCUGGGCCCGGUGCUGGUGGCGCGCACCGACGGCCGGGACUUCACGGCGGGAGAGAUGUGGCAGCUGCACGACUACAACCACCACCUGAUGGACUGCUGGCCCGAGUUCACAGACGCCCGCCGCCGCAGGGCGCUCACACCGGACGCGUUCCGGGCGUUCACGCGCUCAAGGGCCAGCUGACGUGGUGCGGACGGGGCGGGGCGGCGUCAGUGCGGGAGCUAGCGCAACUGAGGCGGGCAUGGCGGGCAGCUCAUGUCACUAUGUGUAACAUCAUGCGCAUGCCGGUAUCCGUGUUUGGCCUGGCGGCAGCGGUGUCGGCGUGAAUGAAUAUAUGAAUGAUAUUGACGUGCGGGCAUGGCAAAAGGUGCCGACGGGGUGUGGGGGGUUGUGGCUCAGUACCCGGUGCUGCUGCCGUAUAUACGUACGUACGGAUGGCGCAGCUGGCCGAGUGUCAGGCUCGGGCGGGCCAGGUAGGUAGGGCGCCCGGCUACUAACUAACCGCCGGCGUCUCUAUGUCGAACGGUGGCCCUCGUUGGGCGCGGCGCCGUGUGCGGACAAUGUAGUUGAGGGUUGUGGAGCAUGUUGCUGCAGACGGAAUUGGCUGUCGGGGGAAGUAAGGCCAAGUGUGUGAAGCAGCCUUGGUGACUUGCUGCUCGGUGACCUCCCACGCACGCACCCUGAGCGCCGCAGGAUACGGGGCGGGCGAGCCGCCUUGCAUGCAUAUUGCUUGGACUUCCAGGGUAGUGUCGGCGUACGUGCGCCAUGUAAAGCCUUGUGUCUAUCACUUGGGAUUCCAGGGUGUCCCCCACCCAAGGCGGCCGUGGUGGAGCUGUUAGCGCGUGUGUAGCCGUGGCGAUGGUAGAACGGCCUGCCGUGCGGGCUACGUCGAUCGAGUGCAGGGCCCAAGUAGUUCACUGGGGUGUGUGGUGUGGCAGCCUUCCACCUCCUGCCCCGCCAGGCUACGCCCGGUGCACCACUCGCUCGCCCACGCACGCUGUUUUGGUCUUCUGGAGGAAUAUCCUGUCUUACCUGUGCGUGCACAAAGCACCCCUGGCACAGAGCUUGGGGAGUGGGCAAGGGCGGGAAGGCAGCUCGCUGACGGUGGCCAAGCGGGUCCCACUCGCGCACGGCCCUGCGGGCCGGUCGUGUCCCCAGCCCAAUACCUUUCCUAUAGCAUCUUAUAUCACAUAUAAGGUCAUUAGAGUAACCCGGGGGCAUUGAAUCGAGCCGGGGCCGACCUCGAACAUCUAAAUGUCGCGUUCGCCAGGACACGCCAUACCAGGCCAGACAGUAGCCUAACUACACCUAUGCAUAUAUCUGUGUUGACGGCAAUCGAUAAAGCCCGAAAACAACGCCUAUGUAGGAUGUUGGCUUCGGUCAAUUUCGCGACUUGAGCCUCGACGAGCACGUUUUAGCCUGCUGUCAAGCGCUAUUGCUCCAACAGAUUGCAUGUAACAUAUACAUUAAGUGGCGGAGUCUGUAUCCCGCUCUGCAUUUUUCUCGGGGCGACGUCUCCUGGCCUCCUCGGCGUGCGGGUUUGGCUGGGGAAACGCACCCCCCGGACGGCACGCGGUGAAACCCCCCUGAUAGAUUGUCCUUCAAGCAUCAGCAAGCCAUAGGCGCCGAUACGACAAUCUACCAAGGGGUUUUGGUGCCAUCCCGUGGGCGCCUCCCUGGGGACACGCUUUUUCCUGGAGUGGGACCCGCUUGACGGUGGCUGGCGCGCAGAACGCGCGACUGUAGCAAACUGCGGAAGACGAAACGGGAGCACUCUGAGAAUACCUCGGCAUUGACGAUCCAUCCAGUCAUACCGUGCCCGCCUGCCAGGCCAGGCCAUGCGUGAGCGGCCACCAGGAGUGGCUAGAGGUGAAGCGGGAGCAAUUGCAGCCACGGUUGCGGCGGCGGACGUUGCGGCACUGCGGCAGCGGCGAGAGCAGCAACUGAGGCAGCAACGGAGCAGGUUGGCGUGCGAUGUGACAGUGGUAAGGCAGUUUGGUCAAGUCCCGUAGGGAGCAGGUUGGCCUUACAGUCGACAGCGAGCGAAGUAAGGACGCAGCGUUCGUCGCAUUUCUCCGCACUGGCGUACUCUGAUGGCGCACCGUGGGUGCAAUCAAGGGGUUACUUCUUGUACUUCCCCUGUUGUUUGCUAUCCGCAAAAGUGGUGCCAUCCGUUCCUGAUAGCAUGUGAUGGCUUGGCGUCUUCGGGUGCUGGGACUGUCCCCUCUGUAACAUCCGCAUUCU